GCGAGUUGCCGAGAGCACACGCCCACCACACACACCUCCUCGCUACCUGUCCACUACACCUGUCCUUCCUUACCUUCUCUUACCUGCCCCUACGUUCUCUAACCUACCCAUACUUGUCCUUCCCUUCACACACCUGCAAAUACCGUGUGAAGAGGAAAAAAAGGAUUGAGAGAGAGAGAGAGAGAGAGAGAGAGAGAGAGAGAGAGAGAGAGAGAGAGAGUGUGUGUGUGUGUGUGAUGGGAUAAAAAAAAUAUAUAAACAGUCGGCACAAUGAAAGAAGACGUGAAACAGAAGGACAUGGACAGCUACAUGAGGACGGUGAUGAAGGAUGACUCAACCCAAAAAAAGGAGGAGGCGUGGACUCGAACUGAGGACAAAGAAGGGGAGGAGGAAAAGGAGUCGCUUUCCUGCCGAUUACUGUCCUUCGCCGAGUCCUUCAGCGCCCACGGCUUCAGCAGGAUCUUCACGAGCCGUUACUGGUGGAAGAAGCUCCUGUGGCUGUUGGUAUGCCUGAUGAUGGCGUGCUGGGGCUCCUUCCAGUGUUACCGCAUCGUGGCGGAGUACCUCACCUACCCCAAGAAAGUCACGUUCGAGAUCAUAGAGGAGACGAAGGCCACGUUUCCCGCCGUGACCGUGUGUAACCUCAACCCUCUGCCGGCGAAGGAGCGCGUGCGGGACCACCCCAUUUGGUCCUCGUUCGUGACGAUAGACGAAGAAAACGCCGAGCCAAUGUGCACGGGGCUCUCAGACUACGAUGAUUUGGAUGAUGAAUGCGACUACGACGAUUACUACGGCUGUGACUUUGAAGAUGACGACUAUUACGACCCCUUUUAUACUGAUUAUUACGACUAUUCCUCGAGCACAAUGGAGGGACCCUGGGAUAGUUCGUCAGGAAGCUCAACGGAGAGUACUUGGUCUUCUUCUACUUCUUCAUUUUCAUCAUCUUCAACGGACAGUACACUCUCGGGAAGUUCAACAGAAAGUACUUCAUCUAGUUUAACGCCCAGUGCUUCUUCUUCGUCAACAAUGGACAGUACCUCUUCAUCCACCACAACGGUCAGUCCUUCAUCAUCCACAACAGAAAAUCCAUCGGGAAGUACAACAGAAAGUACGUCAUCCAGUUCAACGGUCAGUCCAUCAUCCACAACAGAAAAUUCAUCGGGAAGUACAACAGAAAGUACGUCAUCCACUUCAACGGUCAGUACUUCAUCCACCACCACAGAAAGUACACCAUCAAGUACCACAAAAGGUACAACGGACAGUUCCUCAUCCAGCACAACAGGAAGCACCUCCACCAGGACCAGCCCAACAGACAGUGCCUCGUCCUCUUCAACAGAAAGUACCUUAUCUAGCACCACGGAAAGUACCUCAUCUAGCACUACGGAAAGUACCUCAUCCAGCUCUACGGAAAGUACCUCAUCCAGCUCUACGGAAGGUACCUCAUCCAGCUCUACGGAAAGUACCUCAUCCAGCUCUUCAUCCUCAUAA